ACUAUAUCGCAUGUUCAAGUUCAUUCUUAAUGUAAAGAUAUCUUUUGUCGGUGCAAAUCUCAGCUGUUCAAUGAUUACAAUGACCGGAAUAGUUAGGGUCGAUGGCUAUCGCACAAUUCAAUCCUCAUGUGAUUCCGAGGAAACAGUAUUUGAACUCCUAAAAUCACUACAGAAAUUGUAGGUAUUUUUAAACCCAUGCAUGUUUUAUAAUGUUUUACGAUCUUCGUAAUGAACCCGUGUCACGGAGUUGAGACACGCGUAUCCAAUACAUUUCUAACGUCUGAUAAAUCGAUGGGGAAAACAAUUGGAGUCUCAUUCAUUAACGUCAUCAUUAUUAUCAGCCACCAUGUUUUAUUUUUGUUGAACCAGUGGAAGCCUGCUGCUGUUGACGAGAAGACGGGAAUUUAAUGAAAUUAGAUUGUCUUCUGAAGGUUACCGCCACAAUUUAACAUUUCAUCAAACGGCAAAUUUAUUGAUCCGCGAUUUCCAAUAUGGCGCUCGAAAUCUGCUCAUACCAUUCAUAAGGUUUCAUGGCAAAAUAAUCGAACGAUUGUGAAAAAUGUCCUUCAUCCGAAGACAGCGUCUAUAGAUAUUAUGGACCCAGUUAUCCGGAUCUACCACAUGUACUGGGGGGAAAAAGAACACACAGACUGCUGUUGACAUUUUUACUACAACGCAUCCGUGUGGAUCGAUAAACCUCAGAUGAAGAAGUUUCUACGUUUGUCUAGGAGUAUGGGGUCUAAUGACGACAAAAAUGACUGAUAUAAGUAUCGAACAAACCGCUGUACCGGGAACAUGGCAGUGAAUUCUAUUGACUUGCACUUAGAGGGUACUAACACGGUUUAUUUCUCCGGACAGCGAGUGAAGGGGGCCUUGGUGGUUCAUAUCGACGUCCCCAUUAUCAUUGCAGGUGUAGAGGUUCGAUUCAGAGGAGCGGCCCGAGCUAAAUGGAGUGAAACGGUUCAGCGCGAAACCUACAAAACUGACAUAGAACACGAGAAAGAAGAAAUCUACUUUGACGACAGGUUCUGUUUGUGGGGUAAAGAAUCCCUUUUACAAUCUGCUGCAGUCAAUGAACAAAGCCGCUGGGAGGGAAGAGAGGUUCUCCAAAGAGGGCGCCACAUGUUUCCGUUUCAAUAUAAAGUUCCGGAGGGAGUACCAUGUUCUUUUGAAGGUCCGGAUGCGCACGUGCGGUAUACUGUGCAGGGAAUUAUCAUUCGAUAUAACGGGGAAUGUAUUAGCACACAGCGUACGAUUAACGUGUUAAGGGAGUUUGACCCUAGUCGAGAGCCAGGCGAUUCAUCCGCCAAUUCGACACCACAUCCUUUGGAGGAUCACGCCGAAAAAUCAGUCCACACGCUGUGUUGCAGACCUGGUCACGUGUCAUGUUCUAUUACCCUGCCCAAACGAGCUUAUGUUUCCGGAGAAAAUCUGCGGACAGAAAUCGUGGUGCAUAACAUGUCUAUACGGAAGUCUGGAGCUGUUAGUCUUCAACUUAAACAGAUCAUAUCAUACGGAGGAGUUCACACACGGACACUGCUUCUGAAAGACCACAAGAUUUGUGAUAGUCUCCGCCCGGGACAGCACAAAACCUGGCGAGAGUACCCCAUCAGGAUCCCCUCCAUGUGUCCCUCCCGUCUUCACAUGUGUAAGGUGCUAGACGUCCGGUACUGUAUCGCGGUUGAGGCCAGCUUCUCAGAUUCUGUCCUGUAUGCUGCAGUUCCUAUUAUUAUCGCCACUGUUCCAGAGCAACAUCUGGACUUCUCUAAAAUCUCGUACAAAGUCAGUGAACCUCCACUUAUGACGGACAAAACUGUAACAGAUUGUUACAUUUAUGGGUGCACAAAAGCGGAAACGGAAGAAGAAGACGUGAAACCAAAAUACAAAUACUUUGAAGAUAUGAAAGAUCCGAGAAGAGAAAGGGACAUUGUGACCAAACUACGUCAGAGUCCCGGUCUGAAGCGUAGAAAAGAGAAAGAAAAACUAAGAACAGCAAAAGAGGAUAAAGAUCAGUCCAGGCAUCUCUUGAAGCUUAAAGCAGACGACAUUGUGAUGGAAUCGCGUGCGUAAACAUGAAAUCGACAACCGGAAGCCGAUAAAUGCAAACCCGUUCUGUAAUGCCAAAUGAUUGCUUUACUUGCCAAAGAUCCUUCUUGUUGCUUGGCUGUUGUUCAAUCGCCGUCACUGAGAUCUCACUAUGUACAGCCCCUGCAUGCUGGACAUGCCAUUCUAUCUAUUACGAUCCAUAUACUAAAGAGGAAAUCAUCAUCUCGGUCUUUCAUUCUGUACAAUUGUUUUACACCGUCGCUCGGAGAUUUUGUUUUAAUGCUUUAACCAUUAUCCAUCCCAGAGUGAUUUAUAAAACUUUCUUGUAGAUUUAUGGAUCAUCCAUUCUGCUGUUGAUGCAACGAAUCUCUAGAGAAAAAUAUUCACUUUUAUUUAAAACCAUCAAGGACCAAGUGUCUUAUCGUUUUUAUGUGUGACCCUGAGCGAGAUAUUUUGUACACAUUUGUAAACGGUUUCUUUCUAUGAUAAUAUCGCUGGGCGAUACAUAGGGAUAUUUUUGAUUGUAUUUAUUGUGAGUACUGUAUUCUGGAUGCCCAUGUUGUGAUCGUGGUUAGUGUCGUGUGCUUGUGGUGAAGAAAAUGAAGUAUGAUAGGAUAUCCAUACCUCAUGUCGCUCCCAAAACAAGCUAUAUAUUUUCUGAUUUGGAAGAUAAUGAGGUGUUUUAUUUUAAUGAAUAGAAUGUUAUUUCUGUUAUCAGCUUAAUCUAUUAACGAGAACUGAAUGUAGUAUUAAAACUGAUUAAUCAGUACAAUAAAUGUAAUCUUUAUUCUGGACUUAUUCCGGAGUGACCCAGUUCAUGAUACUAAAUCCGUACCGCUGUCCAUUCCUCAUUGAUGUACGUGUACGUGACAGAAACCAAGCAUUGUUGUGCACUGGUAUGGAUACGUAUUGUAAAAAUACAUUACAUUGUAUGUACACUCAAGUAUUUGUGAGACUAAAGAUAUUAAAAUUGUGGAAACAA